CGCGCGCCUCGCCAGCCCCACCGCCGGGCCGAGCCGGACUACGCUUCCCAGCGUGCGCCGAGGCUCCGCGGGAAUGCGCAGGCGCGGCGGCGUCCCCUUUCCGGCUGCUUGUUUAUUGUUUUGGUGAGGAAGCAAAAAGGACCGUCGGACGGAGGGCCCGAGGGAGGGGAGCCGGGAAGCCGCCCGCCCGUCCGUCCGGGAGCCCCGCUCAGGCAUCUGCGGAAAAUGGCAGAGAAUUCGAGUGACAGCGAUUCUUCCUCUUGCGGCUGGACGGUCAUCAACCACGAGGGCUCAGAUAUCGAGGCCUUGGCAUCCGAAUAUGAAGGUGCAGGCGGCCCCAUGGAGCUCGACACGGAAGACAUGCCCUCCCCGCCACCCGAGAAUGUCCUGCAGGACCAGCUGGUGGACUUGGAAGCUGAAUCUGACCAAGUGGAUGUGUCACCAGUAGCAGAGGAAGGCUGCUGUGCCCCAGAGACCCUCCAGACAGUUCCUGAGGAGGAAAAAGGAAAACUGCCCGGGGAAGGUUCUGGCGUGGGGGCUGCCAGCGAUGAUUCCGACAUCGUGACUCUUGAAGCGCCAAAAGUGGAAGAAGUCGGGAGCCACGAAGAAGGACUGGUGCCGGUGGGGGAGGAAGCCCAUCUCUCUGAAGACUUCAACAUGGGAUCGUCUUCCAGCAGCCAGUACACCUUUUGCCAGCCAGAGACAGUCUUUCCUCCUCACCCUCGCGCUGAAGACUCGAGCAGCGAUGAAAACGGCAUUUGCUCCAGCCCAGCCCUGAGGCGCCGGCGUGCAAAGAAGAGGGCUCUUUCCAAUUCUGAAUCGGAGGACGUGCCACCCCUUGAGCAGGAAAUGGGGCACGGCGAGGACCAGCAACGCAAGCCCCUCUUCAGCAGCGGCCUCAAUAGGUGCAUUAUCCUCGCUUUGGUGAUUGCGGUCAGCAUGGGCUUCGGACACUUCUAUGAUAAGAGAGAAACUUUUCUCUUUCAAGGUACCGUUCAGAUCCAAAAGCGGCAGCAGUUGGUCAAGAAGACUCACGAAGACAAACUGAACGACAUGAAGGGCGACCUGAUGCAGUGCCAGCAAGAACAAGGCCGUCAGACCGAGUGCUCGUCCCUAAAAGAAGGCCUGGCAGCUUGCCUGCUUACCACAGAGAUGGAGAAAAAGUCUUUCGAAUCUCAGAAGCACCGGCUUGCUUCAGAAAACCUGCACCUGAGAGAAUCCUUAGAGAAGGAGGAGAAGGCUCUGACCCUUUUGCAGGAAGAGCUGAGGAAGCUGCGAGAAGAGAUAAGACAGCUGGAGAACAAAGGGCCCGGCCCUGAGUCCCCCGUCCUCUCUGAAAACCAAAAACUGAAAGCUUAUUUGGAAGAAGAAAAGCACAGGGCACAGAGUUUUGUGAAACAGAAAGAGACCCUGUUAGCAGAGGCACAGAUGCUGCGAAGGGAACUGGACAAAGAGCGUCAGCUCACGGUGACUCUCCGGGAGGAGCUGGAAAAGUUGAGUUCUCAGCAAGCGAUGCCUGGAGCAGGGGAUGGUUUUCAGGAGAGCCCCGAAAUUGAGGUUCUGCGGGAAAGGCUGACUGAGCUGGAGAAAAAGCUUAGCUUUGAGCAGCAACGCUCCGAUUUGUGGGAGAAGCUGUACGUGGAAGUCAAGGAUCAUGCUGAGAAACAAGAGCGGGUGGACAAAGCCCAGAAGCCGGCCGGGAAAGGAAACAGUCGAGCCAAAAAGAAGACCAAGGCAACCUUCUUUGGCUCCGUUAAAGAAACAUUGGAUGCCAUGAAGAAUUCUACAAAGGAGUUUGUAAAACACCAUAAAGAGAAAAUCAAGCGGGCCAAAGAAGCUGUGAAAGAGAACUUGAAGAAGUUCUCAGAUUCUGUAAAAUCCACUUUUAGACAUUUCAAGGACACCACAAGAAAUAUCUUUGAGGACAGAGAGAAGAAACGGUAUGGCGGCGACAAAGGGUACGAGGCCAAGAAGAAAGGGAAGGUGGCUUCUCCGGCAGGCGCCAGCCACGAAGAAGGGCCCCACGGCAGCCCGAGGGGCUUCAGAGACGCAAGGCGGCCUCGGGAUUCUCCGCCGCCAGAGUGCCGGCAGGGCCCCACCUGCAGCCAGAGACAGCCCGCCGUGCUCAAGGGGUGCACUGGCAUUUUUGACUGUGCCCACCAGGAGUUCGUUAGCCUCUUCAACAAAGUACUGGACCCCAUUCGGGCCGAUGAGUUUAAUCAGUUAAUGCACAAAUAUUUGCAGCAGCAAGUCAGCAACUUCCAUCACUGGAGAGAGCUAGAGAUUUUUGUCAACAGGUUUUUCCGCAAUGGCGUUUUCAUCCAUGACCAGAUGCUGUUCACGGACUUUGUUAACGACAUCAAGGACUACCUUGAGGACCUCAAAGAGUACCAGAGGAGCAGCAGCAGCAGCAGCGGAAGCGGAGCCUUUGAAGACCUCGACAAGUACAUCUACCACUACUACUUCCACUACGAUCCCUCGCCCCAGCACCGAUCCAGCCACCCUGUGAGGAAGGCCCCCUUCGCACACCCUCAGCGGCCCCAGCAGGAAAGGCCGGUUCUUAAGCACCAGCAGCGCUACAAGAGGGAAGGCCGGUGGCACCGAGAAGGCCGCGCCAAUGGGAGGCACAUGGCCAGCCUGGAGAUUGAAGUGGGCCAGAUGCCCUUUGACCCCAAGUACUAAAGACCGUCAUCUGGAACCCGGCCGGACAUCGCCAUGAGGAGGGCACAAUCCACCGGCUGAGAACUGAAGUUGGCUGAGGCUUUGGGCGCUCCAGUCAAGGGCAAGCUUCUUCCUCCAUGCCCCCCUGGGGGCCAAAACCAGAUCUGCUACUACAAUUAAAAAAACAAAAAAACUGGGGUGAACAGGAAUCCGUAGGUUUGUACAAUAGGAAAGUUUGCACUUGUUGAUUCUGACACAGCACAGUAACAAUACUUUGCUGUAUUCGUUUCAUCUCAUGCUCUUGAGAAGUCCCGGUGUUUUCUAGCUGUCCCCUUUUAUGCGCUGUGUGUGUUUGUGCUGGGAUAGCACCUGCCAGCUCGUGGUGGGGGUGGUUCUGGGUGCUGCUUUUGAAUCAGCUUCGUGAUUUACCUUUUAUCUUUGGCGUUCCUGCCCAUUUGCAACUGAUUGAUAGGGGGGAAAAAUAAAAAAGUAGUUGCCA